GAUGGAUACACCACUGACGACAUCGAGUUCUACUGGCAGGGAGGACCCAACAUAGGCUCGGUCACUGGAGGAGAGAACAUCGAACUGCCCCAGUUCGACAUCAUAGACUACCAGACCCAAUCCAAGAAAGCUGUGUUUGCCACAGGCUCUUAUCCACGUCGUCCCUGAGCUUUAAGCUGAAGAGGAACAUUGGCUAUUUCAUCCUGCAAACCUACAUGCCCUCCACCCUGAUCACCAUCCUGUCCUGGGUCUCCUUCUGGAUCAACUACGAUGCAUCGGCUGCCAGAGUAGCUUUGGGUAUAAACCACGGUGCUGACCAUGACCACCAUCAAUACCCACCUUAGGGAGACUCUACCCAAGAUCCCCUAUGUCAAGGCCAUUGACAUUUACCUGAUGGGUUGCUUUGUCUUCGUCUUUCUGGCCUUGUUGGAGUACGCCUUUGUCAACUCUAUCUUCUUCGGUCGUGGUCCUCACCUGCAAGAAGGUGGCAGAGAAAGCUGCAAAGUCCAACAACGAGAAAGAAACCGACUGGAGAGCAACAAAGUCCAGGUUGACGCUCAUGGCAACAUCCUCCUGACCAACCUGACCAGUGAGAUGAGUGGAGCAGAUAUGAUGGGUGUUCUCAAUGACCCUCGGGCUACGAUGUUCUCCUACGACAGUGCCAGCAUACAGUACCGCAAGCCCAUGACCAGCCGAGACCUGUACGGACGACCGGCCCUCGAACGGCCAAUGGGCCACAAAGGGCGCUUGCGGAGGAGGGCCUCGCAGCUCAAAGUCAAGAUCCCCGACCUCACGGAUGUCAACGCCAUAGACAAGUGGUCUCGCGUGGUUUUCCCGAUUGCGUUCACCUUCUUCAACCUGGUCUACUGGUUUUACUAUGUCAAUUAGGGUGGGCAGUAGAGAAAGUUAACCGGGGCUUGUACAGCGAUGAAAACGAUGGAGCAUUUGUAUAUAAAUUGUGUUUUGGAAUGAGAUGUAGAACUGGAUUGUCUUUACAAUGUAAAUACAAUUUAAUAUAUAAUAUAUAAAUAUAUAUAUAACAGAGGUAUAAUUUAUAAAAAAAUCCUAUCACUUUUCCUGUACUCAUCUGUACAAAAUAGAUGGAUGAAAAUAAUGGAAUUUAAGACACAGUAAAGACAUAGUAUCUCUAAGCAAAAACUUGCCAAAAAGACUUUUGAAAUUACCGGCAAUGAUCUUUCAUUUGUUCUAUCUCAUUUACUUACCUUCUGUUAUCUCACUUUUUGCAUGUGAAUGAAACACAACCUUUUUGUUUGCUUAAGGUAAAAAAAAAAACAAGAGACAAAGCCCAGCGCAAAACAAGUAGGUGACUUGUAACUGAAGCUCACCUAACUUAUAAAGAGAAGAACAUGUUUGUUGAUUCCCAUCGUAAUAUAUAGUCCUUAUUUGGCGCUCAGACAGUGCUCCGACUGAGGUUUUUUUUUUGUAGGACUUGCGUUGAAAUCCUUCUCUGACAGUCAUAUGCAAGCUAUAAAACAUGUCAAAUUGCUUUUUAUGAUGCGGGGUUAUUUCUGACAAGUUUAUUUUCUUUAAAAAAGGAAGCUUUGCAUGGCUCUACUGAGCCAAUCUGUAUUAUAAUCAUUAUACUGUAUGCUUGCGAAACAAUCAUUGCAUUUAAGGUAAGUACAGGACAGAGGUUAAUUGGAACUCCAGUCAUUUCUCAAAAACAAAAUGUAUCUACGAUAUUCUCACAGCGUCUGUGAGCAUGUACAAUGUAAUUUUCUUCUUUAAAAGAAAUCAGGUAAAGAAGACCAAUGAUGUCACCAUGCUUUCAAAAUCACAUUAAAAAUGUAAAGCCCUGAUAAAACUCGCUGCUGGUGUUGCAACACGUGGUCUAACAAACAUUUUUAAUGACAUUUUUGUGAGAUUGUAAAAACUAUAACAAAAUAUUUAUAAAUUAUAUAAUACAUAA